AUGCACUUUAUAGACGGAGAUAGCUUAACCCAUUCUGGUUUAUUUACAUUUUUAAUAUCUAUCUAUCUAUCUAUCUAUCUAUCUAUCUAUCUAUCUAUCUAUCUAUCUAUGUCAGUCUGUUCAUAUCUAUCGUUUAAUCUAUCCCACUCUGUUUACAUCUAUCUAUCUAUCUAUCUAUCUAUCUAUCUAUCUAUCUAUCUAUCUAUCUAUCUCAUCUGUUUACAUCUAUCUAUCUAUCUAUCUAUCUAUCUAUCUCUAUCUAUAUCUAUCUAUCGAUGUAUCUCUUCAGUCUCUCUAUCUAUCUAUCUAUCUUUCAUCUAUCUUUACAUCUAUCUAUCUAUCUAUCUAUCUAUCUGCCUAUUCAUUAUCAUCUAUCUAUCUAUCUAUCUAUCUAUCUGUUUAUCUUCAUCUAUCUAUCUAUCUAUCUAUCUAUCGAUGUUCAGUCUCUUUACAUCUAUCUAUCAUCUAUCAUCUAUUAUCUAUCUAUCUAUCUGUUUACAUCUAUCUAUCUAUCUGUUCAUCUAUCUAUCUAUCUAUCUAUCUAUCUAUCUAUCUAUCUAUCUAUCUAUCUAUCUAUCUAUCUAUCUCUGUUCAUAUCUAUCGUUUAAUCUAUCCCACUCUGUUUACAUCUAUCUAUCUAUCUAUCUAUCUAUCUAUCUAUCUAUCUAUCUAUCUAUCUAUCUAUCUAUCUAUGGCAGUCUCUUCAUAUCUAUCUUGUAUCUCUUUCUAUCUAUCUUUACAUCUAUCUAUCUAUCUAUCUAUCUAUCUAUCUAUCUUUAUCUAUGUAUCUAUCUAAACAGAUUGAGAUGA